CUGCAGUGGAGCCUCAGACGCCGAGCCAAUAGCUACUCCUCCACGGAGGGCGCUGCAUCCUCCCGCGUUUUCCCUUUUUUUUUUUUUUUUUUGCUUUUGAUUUCUUUCUCGCUCGCUCUCGGGGACAAAAUAAAUAAAUAAAUAAAUACAUGAAUACAAAAGCUGGGGGGAGGGAGGUCCUGGAUGAUAGAGUGAAGAUUAAAGAAAGAGGAAAGGAGCUUUAAAUCAACAUAGGGAGAGAGAGAAAGCGAGAGAAUCCAUCCACACCCAUGCCUGUUAUCGAAACGGAGAAACGACAGCGGACCCACAUGUUACCCCUGCUGAACUCCGCCGACAGACCAGCCAUAUUCAUGGUCCCCCAUCCAGUACUUCGAUGAAGACAGCUACCCCUCCCCUCCCAGGAAUAUGAAAGGUCUCUCAGGCGGUCGUCCCCAGCUAAACAUCACAACUGGACACACCUUUGGCCUGACAGACUACGACCACUCCCUUGACCACCUGCAGCAUGGUGUUCCCGAUUCCCGCUCGUCUUACCUUCUUAGCCCCACGGAGAGUUGCCCCAUGGACCACCACCGUUGCUCGCCACGGAGCUCUAUCCAUUCGGAGUGCAUGGUGAUGCCCGUCUCCAUGGCCUCUGACCACGUUUCCAGCAGCACAUUUCCCAGGAUGCAUUACAGUUCACACCAUGAGAGUUCGCGGGAGGAUGGCAACACUGGGCAUGGCAGCGGAGGUGGUGGUGGUGUUAUCGGAGGGGGUGGAGUAGUAGGAGGUGGUGCAGGUAGUGGUUCCGGUUCUGGCAAAAUGAACCGGAUACCAGCUAACCUCCUGGACCAAUUUGAGAAGCAGCUGCCCAUCCACAGAGAUGGCUUCCACACACUGCAAUACCAGCGCACAUCCACAGCUACCACCAACAGCGAGCAGCGGAACGAGAGUCCAGGUCGGAUCCGCCACCUGGUGCACUCUGUGCAGAAGCUCUUUACCAAGUCCCACUCGCUGGAAGGCUCCUCAAAGAUGAACGGCACCAAAGGAGACUCACGCUCAGAAAGUGGCCACCACCAUCAUGGUCACCACCACGGCCACCACAAACACAGCAAGAGGAGCAAGAGUAAAGAGCGCAAAGCUGACUCUAAGCACCGCUCAGGGAUUGCCGGGUGGUGGAGCUCUGAUGAUAACCUAGACAGUGACAGCACCUACCGGACUCCCAGUGUCAUGAGUCGGCACCAUGUGGAUCACAUAAGUCACUGCUACCCGGAAUCAGUCCCAGGCCAUUUUGGAGAUCUUUCACUUAAGACCUCAAAGAGCAACAAUGACGUGAAGUGCUCAGCUUGUGAGGGCAUGGCCUUGGCUCCUGAGGGAAAGUAUAUGAAGCGGAGCUCUUGGUCCACGUUGACUGUUAGCCAGGCCAAAGAGGCCUACCGCAAGUCCUCGCUCAAUCUCGAGAAGCCUAUGAUGCCUCAAGACCUCAAGACCCCCAUGAGGCCUUGUCAUUAUCUUCAGGUCCCUCAGGAUGAGUGGGGCGGAUACCCUGGAGUGAAGGAUGAUGAGAUCCCGUGUCGGCGGAUGAGGAGCAGCAGCUACGUGAAGGCGAUGGGAGAUGAGGAGAGCGGCGACUCGGACGGCAGUCCAAAAAACUCGCCGCAGAAGAGCGCUCGGCCCGGCGGUCUCAUCAAGAGUGUGCUGCAGAGGCAGCUAUCAGACCAGAGCUCAUACCGUUUGGAUAAAUCAAGCAGUGACACGAUGAAGUACCUCACCAAUUUUGCUGCAGAUUUAAGUCAGAGCUACCAUCUGCAAGCGUCCAGGGAAAUCCACCCCAGCAUCACGCUGGACCCAUCACCCAAUUACAACUCACCUAAAUUUCGCUCGAGGAACCAGAGCUACAUGAGGGCAGUUAGCACACUGAGCCAAGCCAGCUGUGUCAGCCAAGUGAGCCAGGUGAGUGAGGCUGAGAUGAACGGCCAGUUCGAGUCAGUGUGCGAGUCAGUGUUCAGCGAGGUGGAGUCGCAGGCCAUGGAGGCGCUGGAUUUGCCCGGCUGCUUCCGCACACGCAGCCACAGCUACCUGCGUGCCAUCCAGGCUGGCUACUCACAGGAUGAUGAGUGUGUGCCUUCCAUGAGCUCAUCCACCGUCACCUCCACCAUCAGAUCCACGACUGAGGGGAAUGAAAUGCUUGAGGGCACUGAUUCACUUAAUGAGGACAAUUUUUCCAACAAGGAGGUAGACAUGACCUCCAUGUCCCAGAGGGAUCUGAGCCAUCUUACAAGAGAAAGUGAAUCAAGAAGCCUGUACAGUAAUUGUUCUUUUACCACAGUUCCAUCACUGUCCCCACACAAGCCCAGCAUCCCUGUCAGGCCACGACCUGUUCCAUCAAGUGUACAGGAGACAGCUGACCUGGCACUUGCUAUUAGCCAGCAGUGGAGGGAGGAUGUGUCAGCCAUGCGAAAGGAACUAGCAGAUCUCAGACGGGAUCUGUGCACAGAGCUUCGAGCCUUUAACAGCAACUUUUCCACUUUUGCACAACGCUACAACACAUGGUCUCCAAACUUGGCGAGGGGUUCCCAAAAUCGUUCUGGUAAUGUGUCUGUCGGUACUCAGGCUGGGAGCAAAACUUUGGUGCGACAGAACACAGCAGAUGCAGCUGUGAACUGCCCUUCACCUAUUGAUCCAAAUGUUUUAUCAAUGCAUUCACCUGACCCAGCGCCUUUAGAUAAAAAUAUCCUGCAUGUCUCAACUUCCAGACCAUUAUUCCAAACAGACCCAAAUUCUCAGUUGGCAGAGCUUGAUGAUCUAUCCUAUGCCAACUUGACACCUCCAGAACCUGUGGAUCUGUCAUUGCUAAGCUGGCCUGAACUGGAUCCUGAUCCAAUGACUCCCCCUGAUCCUCCAGAACCAGAUCUACCUUUAGACCCUAGAUAUUAUUCAAAAGUUUCAACUUCUCAAAGGAUGGAUUCGUUUGUACUAGAUUUUAGAAACCUAGAACCUGUACACCUGGCAAAUUUGCACUGGCCAAAACUGGAUCAAGACAACAGUCCACCAGACUCUUCACCACCUCAAGAGUAUCUUGAUCCAUCUGUAUUACAUCCCUUUCUUCAAGAGCAUUUAGAAGAAGAUGAGCCAUGUCCACUAUCUUCAGGUUAUCAUUUAGCAACUGAGCAGCAUCAGCAUCGAACUCGAGAAUCUGUGAGCCCCACUGUGCUUAUAGAGCCAACUGAAGAAUCCUCAGAUCACAACAUAGAAGACUAUACAGUGGUGGAACCAGGUGACUGUCUUUUGCUGAAUCCAUUAACACCAGAGUCACUGGACCUUACUGAUUUGAAAUGGCCAAGUUUAGAAUCCUUGGACCCUGGUUUGCCCAGUCCAGGGUUUGCAGAUCUUCCAGACCCUCCAACCCCAGAAGCAACUGAUUAUGAUGAACCUGCUGACCAUGCAGAUGAAGAUCCACCUUUUCCAGAACUACUGGACACUAUUUUCUUGCAGCCAGCUACUCCAGAACCAGUAGAUUUAGAUGCGUCAAACCCCCUGACUCCAGAACCUAUGUCUCCAGUACUUCAGAGUUCAGCAAUGGUUGAGCCAGAGGCUCAUCCUGUUGUUUUGUGGUCCAAGAGUGAAACUAUGGAUCUGAAACAUUCAGGCUCCCCACCUUUAAACAGAAGAACUUCAAGCUGGUCAGAAGUAGAUAAAGAAAUCAUUAGCCCAUCAGAACCAACCUAUAUGGAAUCAAGUGUUGCCUACUUGACUCAACUCUCGACCCUUGAGAGUGCUUCAGUUACACUUCCUGAAGCUUUAUCUCCAUACCUAGAUGACCAGUACCCUGAAGACUCAGAUGACGAAGUUGCAGAGUACCCACUCAAGCCAGAUGCCCUCGACUCCGCUACGAUUGACCUCCUAGAGUCAGAGGCAGUCUUUUCAGCCAUCCUGUGUUCGGUGGAAUCAGAUGAUCCUGAAUUUGAGAAUCUGAAUAUAGAAGAGGCGCUGGAGAUAGUGGACCCAGGUAACAGUUCCCCUGCAACUAUAGACCCCGCAACUGUGCACCCAUUUAACUUGUCCCUUCUAGAACUUCAGGCUGCCUUAGAUGUAUCUAAGAGAGAAACAACCGAUAAUGGAUCACCAAGAGGAACCAUGGCUAGCGGCUCAUCUCCGUCUUGCAGAGAUUUCCUGUGGAUUAGAUGGCAACGAAGGUUACGGGGACGAAUGCCCAUUUCCAGGAGUGCAAGUAUGGAGAUUUACCACAAGAAAUACUCCAAUAACUCAGAGAUGUCUUAUAUGUCUCUGUCUAUUUGAGUAACUCGAAGCUACAUGUGGUACAUCACAGGAUUUCUAAAUGAAGAAAAGGAGUGUGUGGUAAUGAAGCAAACAUGUUUACAGGUGUGUCUGAUCUUUUGUGAGAGUGCAAGUGGGUGAAUGGAAGACAGAAUGAAAAGAGGAGAGAGUGAGUUAACCAAGAAGCCAUUAGGGAGGUUUUAGGCUAUAAGUGAUCCUUUAUUCAGAGCUGAUGAGCGUCAAUGAGAAGUUGUAGCUAAAAGCAGCUUGAUGCUCGCACCCACAUAAGAUUAACGUCCCUGGGACACUCAGCACUUAUUUAACACUGAGCAGCAAUGACUCAUCCAUGAACCAAAGUCUCAGUUCCACUAAAAACUCCUUCUCUUCUCUACAUUACUUUACAGUCUGUUUGGUUUGACCGUUGUAUUGUGGUAGAUACUGUGACUGUAUUGGCUGUGGACAGGAACUUCUCAAUGAAAAAUUCUCUAGAGUUCCUUUGAGAGCUUCUUUCUUUGAUAACCUAAGACAAUUAGAAAACAUUUUAUGGUGUUGAAACAUUGACUGAUGCUGCAGACAAGGAAUGUAUAAGAAAAAAAAAACUCCUCGUCCAAAUGAGUUUUAAAAAGGACGAGAACUGAACAUUUGACCAAAGACUGCUCAAGCGAUCUCUUUGAUAUAUUUUGUGGGUUUUGAUCAUCCUUUCCUCUGAAUGUGGACUAAUGGUGGUUACUUUGAGAUUCAACAGAAAUCAGACUGUAAAAAAAAAAGGUAUUAAGAAACGUAUGAAACGAUGUUCCAGGUAAUUCGAUUACGAGUCUUCAAAGCCAAAGCCUUGCUGUAAAACAAGCGGGUGGAUUUAGUACUGUGACAUUUUUGAAGACGCACAGGGGUCGAACAGCCGCAGUUUGCACAGCUAAGUGUGACAUUUUAAAUGCAUUCUGUACUUUACUGUUCCAUACAGGCAUAUAUAUAUACAAUCAAACGUAUAUACUGUACAUACAUGGGAUGAACGAUACUGACAAGGUGGUUGAAUUCUGCUCCACAGAUGAUCAUUUUUAUAUAGAUAUUCCUUGAUUUAUUGUGAAUAUACGGCUGAAUGUAUACUGUGUUUUUUUUUUCCCUGCAAUGAACGAAAUAAUAUAUGACUGUCAUUAGAUAUGCAAAGAGGAAACAUUAAGUUGUACAUCAAAAAUAAUGGCCACCGAUUUGUCUUCUUUAUGCUGGAAUGUAAAGUAGGGCCAUUGAGGUCAAAGUGUUAAAACGCUUCGAACACGCUUGAGGACUAUGAGGUAAAUUUGCUUGUGGAAGAAUUUAAUAUGUGGGAUUGUUUUCUCAGUGAGGAAAGAUGUAGUGAUCAAACCAUUUGAUGAUGUAGCGAUUGAAAAGGCAAAUGAUUAAAAAUAAACCUGGGCGACGAUCUUAAAUUGAAUAGUAUUUAUUCUAAAAUAAAAAUAAAAAGAAAGAGAGAACUGAGAGAGAAAAGAGAGAGAGCUUCAUUAAAAAAAAUUAAAAGUUAAUGUAUACAAAUUUCAACAGACUAGCCAGGUGAUUUGCGCAUAACUUGAGUUUAUCUCAAAGUUUUUCAAAUGAACGGUAACCCAAGAUCCCGAUCAGACCGAAUCGUAUCAUAUCAUAUUGAAGCAGAUAGCAGAUAGCAUAGUCAUAGUCUUAUCAUCAAAUAUCAAAUCAUUGCCUUAAGAAUCUAAAUUGUGUCGGUAUUUGUUUAGUAGUAAAAUCUGAAAUUCCACAAUGCUUCCUUGGAUAUACUGCAAGGUUUAAUUGUUUCUGUUGUUUAUAGCAGUGGUCCCCAACCCCCGGUCCGUGGACCAAAUGGUACCGGGCCGCCGAAGGAACAUUAAAUUAUUUCCAUUUUAUUUACUGUGGUGU